AUGAUCUCUAUUCUCAACCACUGUCACACUCUUCUUUGUGGGGGUCAUUUUGGUGCUACCAGGACAGCAGCAAAGGUAUUGCAAUGUGGUUUCUUUUUGCCUACUUUAUUUAAAGAUGCAAAUACUUUUGUUAAGUCUUGUGAUAGAUGUCAACGCACCGGUAACAUCUCACAAAGAGAUGAGAUGCCGCUGAAUGUUAUUCUUGAAGUUGAGUUGUUUGAUGUGUGGGAGAUUGAUUUCAUGGGCCCCUUUCCAUCAUCCUACAAUAACAAGUAUAUACUGCUCGCUGUGGACUAUGUUUCUAAAUGGGUGGAAGCAGCGGCAACUCCUACGAAUGAUGGUAAAGUAGUUCUAAGUUUUCCGCAUAAGAAUAUUUUUACUCGGUUUGGAACUCCCCGCGCUAUCUUAAGCGAUGAAGGGGGUCAUUUUUGUAAUAAAUGGUUUGAUGCUUUGCUUGCUCAGUAUGGAGUACGACAUAGAACUGCUUUACCUUAUCAUCCACAGUCUAAUGGGCAAGCCGAAAUUUCUAAUAGGGAGGUCAAGAGCAUUCUUGAAAAGACCGUUAAUAGCUCAAUGAAGGAUUAG